CUAGUAGUCUAGCAGUCGCCGGAAGCAUCAAAAGUUAUCCGCAAAUUAUGACUAACACAACACAACCAGUAACUAGUCCACAGGUUUAUGGAGCAUGUGUAUACAAAGAGCUACUAGUAUACAAAGCAGCUGGGACCACAAGUUCCCACGACGAAUGGCUUUAUUAAUCGAGCACCGGAACAAUGAUUCGAUUCGGGUGCUGUGAAAAGAAUGGUGCUAAGGUUUAAAAAUUUCAAGGAUUGAAUCGAAUCGAAUCAUUUGAAUUAUUUGAUACCAUUCAUACAAUGUUGACUUGUGACCGUGACUUGAUAAAGAGGUCAUCGUCGUCGGAAGGCAUGCAGGCGCUCUCCGUUCAUGCACCUAUAAGCCGCAUGAUCGCAGUCAAGAUCUCGGGAUCCUUUCACCAAUGGAUUCCUCCCGUUGCACAAUUAAAAGUGGCGACGGUUUAUUCAGGAUUUGUUGGCCCGGUUUAUUCAGGCUGGUUCAUUGGCAGGAAUAAAACAUUUGCCAAGCUGUGCAGCAAUUGCAGCCCCAUCCAUCCAUAGUCGAUUCGCUAACACAAGUCUUCACAAACCAAGCACACAACGAGUACUGUAACUGCAAUUUAUAUAGCCAUCCAACCAUCAGAAACCAUGACAAUGGAAGAGGAGGCUGGCAAGCCGGGCAACCUGGGUUCUCCCAACAACCCAGAGCAGGAAAACCAGGAGGGACAGCAGGAGAAUGAAGAUGAAGGUUCUUUGGAAGAAGGAUUGGAUCCUCUCGACCUGCAAAAAAUUGUGGAAGCUCGGCUACACGAUGCCGAUGCCAGUGCCAUCCCAGUAAGCCAACAACAGCACACACUAGACUUUUUUGAAACAGAGAAAAGCCCACACCCACCGCAAAAAGAUUCGGAGGCCAUCCCAACAAGCAACCAACAGCACACACUAGGAUUUUUCGAAAGAGAGAAAAGCCCACACCCACCCAAAACUGGAGAAGUAGGAGGCCCAAAAGUGGACGAUCAGUUCCAAGAUUCUGGUCUCUACCAAGGUGAAAAUAGUACCACUCCAGAGCACGAUGACACCCGAAUUGAACUUGUCGACGCUCCGGAGGAUACGGUGCAAAAUGACGACAAUUUGGGAAUUAUGCCUUUGCCUCGAUUGGAACGGACUACUGCCAACAGAAGGGCCCAAGUACAGCCAGGAGCCUUCCCAAGUGGAGGAAAUCAAGCAACAGAGGAAAAUUUGGAGCCAGCAGAGACGGAUAUCGAACCCACGACUACUGGACCACCUAGGAUUGAACCGGAAAUCGACAAUAGUGGUUUGGCUGUGGCAAACUUGGUUCCCGAUGAAACUACCCCUCAGGAUCUUCCCCGCGCUCAAGAUUACAAUCUGGAACGUGAAAACACAAACAGAGAAGAGAGAAUGAAGCAAUUCAAAACCAAGGUACUCUUGGGAGUCAUCGUCUUGUUGGCCAUCAUUCUCAUUUUGGUAGCCAUUGUGUCACCUGGAAAGAAGCAGGAUGAUGCAGAUCUUGUCCCAACACCCGUGCCUAGUGAGCCGCCCAGCAGCAACCCAUCUCAGGGGCCAUCGACUUAUUCAGAAUACUGGCUAUCUCUUUUCCCUGAAUCAACAGUCUCUGCAAUUCAGGAGGACCCAGAAUCGCCUCAGUCAAGGGCAUUCGAAUGGCUUAUGGAAGAGAUCGACAUCCUACACAACAUUACGGAACAGAGAGUUGUACAACGUUUUGUACUCGCAACUUUCUAUUUUGCCAACAGUAAAGACCAAUGGUUCUCCAGUGAUAAUUGGCUCAACCACAGGGUUCAUGAGUGUCUUUGGUAUUCAAGUUUGGAGGAUUAUUAUGUCUUAAUUAAAGCUGACAUACUUUUCCCACUGGAUCACCUCAGUCCCUGUGAACAAGAUACAGCUGGAUAUCGAGAGGAUGGUGUACUCUACCAGGGAGAUGGAAUCCUGAAGCACUUUUGGCUGCAAUAUAAUGGCCUGUCAGGAUCAGGUAUUCCGCCGGAGGUCUAUUUGCUCACAGACCUCACGAGCUUGGCAUUCGAUGGAUUGAAUCUUACCAGCACUAUCCCAGAAGAGCUUUCUGGCCUUUCAAAUUUGGACUAUCUUUCGAUGAUGGGAUGUGGGCUGUUUGGAACCAUUCCGGAAGCAAUAGGAGGAUGGUCAAAACUUGGAGUUAUCAUGUUUCCCUUCAACUCUUUGACGGGAACUAUUCCAUCAUCCCUGUUUACCCUGACAAACUCCAUGAGAGCUAUUGUUCUAUCAGAAAGUCAGUUGACAGGACCAUUACCAACAGAGCUGGGUUUGCUGACUGAUUUGCAGGCUAUGUGGUUUGAUGGAAACUUCUUUACGGGGUCUAUUCCCACAGAGCUGGCGCAAUUGACUCUCUUGAAUUUUUUAAGUUUUCCCUUUACUAUGUUGAGUGGCACUAUCCCAGUCGAGCUUGCAGUUCUUACAGACAUGGUAUAUUUGCAACUGCAUAACUCGGGUCUUGCUGGGACAAUCCCCAGGUGGCUUGGCAACAUGGCAUCCCUGGAGAUAUUGACACUGUUGGAGAACUCCUUCACUGGGACUAUCCCAACAGAACUUGGACUGCUAACAAAGUUGACUUCCUUGUGGCUUGGUGUGAAUGCUUUGUCGGGCACAAUACCAAGUGAAAUCGGAAUGGAUGAGCAAGCGCUAGUUUUGAGCUUCGAAAGGAAUGGCCUCACAGGAACCAUUCCUACAGAGCUUGGUCUGCUUACUGGUUUGAUUCAGUUGUGGCUGUUUGACAAUGACUUGACUGGAACAGUGCCCCUGGAGCUUGGCAGUGCUUCUUUCCGUUAUUUUGAAAGUGUCUUGUUACAUGGAAAUAAUCUUUCUGGCAUUAUCCCAGAGAUGUUGUGUUCUACCGGCACAGCAAUCAACCUUACUUUUGACUGCAGCGACCUGCUCUGUGGAUGUGACUGGUGUAACUGUUCUAGCACCAAUUUAUGAGUAUGGUGCUGUUGGAAGUCAAGAAUCAGAAUGGUGGUGGUCGGAUUGUGGGUGACGAGAGCUGAAUGGAAUCAAAAGGCUGUUUGUGUUGAUAAUCAUACUACAUAAAUGCAUACGUAGGAGACAAUAGUGCAACAUAGCUUGCAAUGUUGCGGAUUCUGUCACAGCACCACUGGCUUGAAUUUGAGACUUCAACGACUCGAAUUGACUCGACUCCACUCGAUCAUGAGGGAAGCCGAUGCGGUGCAUCAUCAUGUGGGGUAUCCAAUCAUUUGCCUAACACAAUGGUUUGACUGGAACAGUGCCCUUGGAGCUCGGGAAUGUUUAUCUACAGCGCAGUAGCUCUUUCCUCGUCACACCUCAGCUAGCUAGCCGAUACAUUCAAAGUACAAGCGCCUGUAGCUACAUGAAUGGUCAGUUUUGGAGAGAAUUGUAUGACGUGGAGCAUAUAAUAAAUAUAGAGCAGUGGCCUGCCUAGUAACUAGUGUCGUAACCUCACAAUAAGGCGAGUUCAGACCUCCACAACCGAACCAGUGGGCAUCGGCAUGGCCUGUUCUUGAGUAAUCUCGAAACUCUUAGAAGCAGGCGCUACCAAAACGGUGUUGUAUUCCUCUUCCACCCGCUUGUGCAUCUCAUCGGUAAUGGCCUGCCCGUUCUUCUCCCACAUGUCACGAUUGUUGACGGCGUAGUUCAAGUUUUCAUCGCUCGUGGGACCAAACACGCCACAAUCUCGGAGCUUUUCGGACAAGGGGAUGACUGCAGAGCAGCAGAGGCAAGUGUGUGUAAGCAAAAGGUAACUGUAACAGCCGAGAGCCCAUACACGGAGAAACCACUUCCUUGUACUCACUGUAAAAGUUGAAGAAUCCAAUCUCUGUCAGGAGAAAGCCGCGGGAGGUGCAAUGUGAGAAAGCUACUACAAGGCAUGCACUACGCUGUCAAGCCAUCAUUGCGGUCUUACCGCCAUUGUACCAGUUGUCUGCUGGAUUGCUGUUUGCACGACCCUCCCGAAACGCAGCAUAAGUCUCUCGGAAGAGGCGCUCGUUCCAUUUUCGGUAAAUGUGCCAAUGCUGAGACAUGUGGGCAACGUCAGCGGCCUGGAUCAAGUGCUCAAUCUGUUGCACACGGAAGAGAAAUGCAAGGUGAGAAAUUCAAAUGCAAUGCGCUGCAGCAGGCCAAGCCAGAAAAGAGAUUGAACGUACAACGAUGGUGGCUUUUCGGUUGCUAGUUGUGUCUCUACUCUCUCGUGCAGUCUCAGAGUCAUGCAUAGUGGAGUCCGUCACAACGCUGGCGCCAUCAGAGGAGUCUCCUCGUUGAAACGCCUUGUCCCAACGACCAUUUCGCAGCGCUUUCAUUUCCCUGAAGAGAUGCAAGAAAGGCGAAAGGUGAGGGCGUGCCAUCAUCGGAAUGGGAGCGGCAAACUAACUAAUCCGUGUACGUACUUGUCGCCCAAAUCAGUUGCCAUCAGAGCAUUGACCACAAGCUGCCGGAAUCUGCACAAAUCUUGUGAAUCUUGGCAGAUAGCUGACAACAAAUCGGUGAAGCGCUCCUCCAUCAGCAAAUCCCAAGCAAUGUCGAAUGAGUUUUGCUCCGCGACAGAUCGGUUCUGUUUCGGGCGGCAACGAUGGGUCAGUUGUCAGGUUCAUUCAAUGGUCAGUCGAAGGUGCAUGGAGCUUACCUUGUACUUGGUAGCCGUGAUGCUGUUUUCCUUUAUAAACUGUGGAUUCGGAACACCAGGAUGGUCUGACGAGACGUUCGGGUGAGCAUGGAUCCAAUCUCAACCACGCUGCCAAAAACAAGAACGAAACUCACCAACAUCGUGGAUAAGAGCAGUGAACACAACCGCGAACUGUGUUAACGCGUCGCUUGCAAUUCCGUAGCUGGGAGUGCCAGAUAACCCAAAGAGGCUGCCUGGAAACUGGAUCGGAAACGCUCGCCAUCUUUUCCCACACCCGCAUCAGUCGCAGCAAUGAUUCGAUUCUGCGAGAGGAAGGAAAUGCAUCAUCAGCCCGGAUAUCGAUGCCAUCAUUACGUUGUUGCUUGACACUCCUUUCGUUCACUUACCAGAUACUUGGUCACCGCCAUAACCACGUAGCUG